AUGGCGGAGCAAUCUCCGGAUAUCGCAAACACUCUGUCGUCGGAUAUGGAGGCUGUUUCGAUUUCACCAGCUCAGCCGUCUUCUUCGACCCCUGGAAUAGAGAUGAGUGAAGAAGUUGCUAAGAGGUACCAGAUUGUUAGAAGUAUCGGUGAGGAAUGCGUUCAAGACGAUGAGCUGAAGAAUCUUCUUGCUAAGAAGGCUACUCCGAUCUGCUACGACGGGUUUGAACCAUCGGGAAGGAUGCACAUUGCUCAGGGAGUGAUGAAGGUGAUCAAUGUGAACAAAUUGACAUCAGCUGGUUGCAGAGUGAAGAUUUGGAUUGCUGAUUGGUUUGCUCAGUUGAACAACAAAAUGGGAGGUGACUUGAAGAAAAUCAGAGUGGUUGGAGAAUACUUCCAAGAGAUAUGGAAGGCCGCUGGGAUGAACGGCGACAAUGUUGAGUUUCUGUGGUCGUCCGAGGAAAUCAAUGCGAGGGCGGACAAGUACUGGCCUAUUGUGAUGGACAUUGCUCGCAGAAACAAACUCCCUAGGAUCACAAGGUGUGUGACGAUUAUGGGACGUAAUGAGAAAGAUGAAAUGAGUGCUGCCCAGAUCCUCUACCCAUGCAUGCAGUGUGCUGAUAUUUUCUUCCUCGAGGCUGAUAUUUGCCAGCUUGGGAUGGAUCAAAGAAAAGUGAACAUGCUAGCGAGAGAAUACUGUGAUGACAUAAAGAAGAAAAACAAACCGAUAGUCUUGUCACACCAUAUGCUUCCUGGUCUCCAACAAGGACAAGAAAAGAUGUCCAAGAGUGAUCCUUUAUCUGCCAUCUUUAUGGAAGAUGAGGAGGCUGAAGUUAAUGUGAAGAUCAAGAAAGCUUACUGUCCUCCAAAGAUUGUGCAAGGCAAUCCAUGCCUCGAGUACAUUCAGUACAUCAUCCUACCUUGGUUUGAUGAGUUCACUGUUGAGCGAAACGAAGAAUACGGCGGUAACAAGACCUACAAUAACUUUGAAGAUAUUGCUGCUGAGUACGAGAGCGGCGAGUUGCAUCCUGGGGAUCUGAAGAAAGGUCUAACGAACGCGUUGAAUAAGAUCUUGCAACCUAUUCGUGAUCAUUUCAAAACAGACGCUCGCGCCAAGAAUCUGCUCAAACAAGUCAAGGCUUACAGAGUCACCAAAUAA